CAAAAUGUCAGAUUUCGAAGAUGACAACGAUUACGAAGCGGAAAGACUUCGUACUAUAGCUUCUAACCGAGCUUUACUCGAUUCCCUUGGAUUCGACACUAACGGUUCUUCUCGUCUCAACCUGGCUAAACCCUCCGCUUCAAAGUCUAAUACCCCGGCAUCGAAGAAACGUAAAGCUCCCCCUGUGAUCCGGGAUAAUGAACCUAGAAGAAGGAGUGGGAGAUUGGCGGGGCUGGAAGUUGAAGGAGAGGAAUUGAGGGUGAAGUUGGAAGAGGAAGAAAAAGGUAGACAAGCCUUAAGGGUUGUUGAACGUAAAACGAGGGAUCAGAUGAUGAAAUUAAGUGAGAUGGUUGAGGAUGCUGAAGAAGGGGAAAAAGAAGAUUUGGAAAGAUAUCUAACAGAAAUUGGAAAACUUCCCAACCCUCGUCCAUUACCAGAUCUCAAAUCAACACCUUCAGAAACUUACACAGAUAAGGAUACCCUUCCAACUGAGAUACAAAGAUUAAAAGCUCAAUUUAAGAAUAUGGAAUUGAAAGCGAAUGCAAAGGUUACACAAGAAAGAGUUUAUAGUAUGGUUGUACAUCCUGAAAAAACGAAAACUUUGGUUUUUGUUGGUGAUAAACAUGGUAUGGUGGGAAUAUGGGACGCCCUCGGACCUAAUGAAGAAACACCGGAGAAUGAUGACAACACUUCAGAGGCGAAAGAAGAAGAGAGUGAAGGUCGGAUAUGGCAUGUUCAGGCCCAUGCUAGGAAUAGUAUACCAUGUAUGAAGAUAGAUCCUGUUGAUGGGAGUGGGCUAUUCACAUCAUCAUACGAUUGUACCCUCCGACAUUUAGAUCUUCGAACUUUAACCUCAAGAGAAUUAUUCGCUUUACCAAAUGAAGAUACUCUCAUAACUCAUUUCGAUCUCACUCCAUCCGGACAAGAAGCUUGGUUGGUAGAUAAAGAUGGUGGGAUAAGUCAUUGUGAUUUUAGAGAAGGAGGUAAAAGGAGAAGAUGGAUUGUUCAAGAUUUAGGGAGAAGUGCGAAGUUAGGAGGAGUCAGUGUGAACCCUCUCAUGCCACAUCUCAUCUUGACAGCUGGGAACGACCAACAUUUACGUAUUUGGGAUACCCGACAUUUUCUUUCAAACCCUCAACCUCUUAACAUUUCAAUACCUCCCCCUCCACCCACCGCUCCACUAUCUCCAAAAGUCAAACCUGCUCCUUACCCCCCUACACAUAUCACGCAGGAACCAACGAAACGAACAUUACGGAAUGGUGAUGUCAAACCUACCGUUUCAGCUGGGCAAGAUGAUGUAAAAACGAAAGUUCCAGAUGAAGAAGAUACAAAACCGACUCUUUCCGACGAUCGAAACAUAUCCACACCCAUUCAAGAUGUCAAAACACUACGAUCACGUAUCAACACUUAUCCCACCAAUGUGACUUCUUUCGAAAGUAUAUCUUCUUAUCUAUCCACCACAAAAGGUAAAGGUCUUUUAAGAGCCAAUUAUCAACAUGGUAAAAGCUGUAGUGCAGCUUAUUGGGAUCCUUGGGGUAGAAGGAUAUUAAGUACUAGUUAUGAUGAUAAGUUGAGAAUAUGGUCACUCAAUCCACAAUCUCUUCUACUAGAUCAACCACUCCCUUCAACUCAUUUCCAACCUAUCAAAUCUUAUCCUCAUAAUUGUCAAACGGGAAGAUGGUUGACCAUCCUACGAGCACAAUGGAGUUUGAAUAUGGACUUUGUUCCUCAUUUCACAGUGGGUAAUAUGAAACGGUCUUUAGAUGUGAUCACUGCUACUGGGGAAAAGAUUGUUAGUUUAUGGGCUGAUCCAGUCACAGCCGUACCCGCCGUCACUGCAUCUCACCCUUCUCGAGUGGAUCAUGUGGUGGGUGGGAACACUUCCGGUCGAAUCCAACUUUGGGGUUCUGGGUCGGGAUGAUUCUGCUUCUUUCUCACUACCAUCCAUACUGCUCGUCUCUCCAAAUCUGCUCCAUCUUGUACAACCAUGUAUAUACCUCUUUGGUCGGAUGUAUAUCUUGAUCGAUGAUAUG